GUUAGUGGGUGAGUUAGUGAGGCGGCUCUGCAGUCAGCAUGCAGGAGGAGCUGGGAGAGACCAUGGGGGCGGGUAACGAUGGGGGGUCCUUGUGGUUGUGCCCGUUAUGUCAGGAUGCUCAGGUGGAUCGUGAAGCUCUGUCCUCACACCUGAGCGAGAAACACAGCGUGCUUCCUUCCUGCCUGGAAAAGCUACUGGAUAUCGCGGCUCCUGUUCACGGUUCCACGGACGGAUCGAGGGACUCCAGCGCGCAGAAUGAAAUCAAUGGCACGUCCCUGCAGAGUUUAGAAAACUCCAAAUCUCCUCCAGCGGCGUCCCAGAACGAAGAGGAAUCCGCGGAUACGAGGAACCGAGACGGUUCUACCCAGGCUAAGGAGGAUUGUGAUGAAAUGGAAGCAGCGUGCAACGAGACGGACUGGGCAGCCAUGGAAUCGGAUCAGGAGAACGUCACCCCGAGCCAAGAUAAAUCAGCCGCUCCCGCCGAGGGGGACGCCGGCCGUCGCUUCGUGUGUCACGCGUGUCUGGAAUUCUUCCCCACGAGGUCGGCGCUGGGUGUGCACUAUAAAUCUGCCUCUCAUAUCCAAAGGAUGAGGACGGGAACGGCGAGCGAAGACUCCUCGGCCCCCGUUCCCGCCCGUCCCUACGUCUCUAACAAACCCUACCAGUGCGCCGUGUGUCGGGUCUCCUACAACCACGCCAUCUCUUUGGACAGUCAUUUAAAAUCCGUUCUGCACCAGAGUCGCACCAGGAACGCCGCCGCUAAUUCCACUACAAACACCGGGGGUGGAAGUGCGACGGCCACUACGGUGGCUAACACGGCACAGUUAGCUUACGCUACGACCAGCAACGGUGUCGCUCGGGUGGCAAAUCUGACCGCGUCACAAACGUCGACCAAAGAUGACGAGCAAGUACCCGCCCCCUCGUUGCUUUCCUCUCCGGUUGCCUCGGCUCAGGCGGUGUCCGCCUUUCUCACUCUGCUUACGUCAAGUCCCAACUCGGUUCCGCACUCCAUCCUUCCUUCGCUCUUUGCAGCCGGGACCGGUGCCGCCCCAGGCGCCACUCCUCAGAUCAUAUCCCAGCCGCAAAUGCUCAUGCCCCUCAUCCUGAACGGACUCCAGACUCAGAGUCCGAGCUCGGAGUUCCCUAAGCAGAUCCUGCAACAGGCCGUGCCGGUCCUUGGUCUCAACGCGGCUCAACAGGCUCUCCUGGCCCAAGGACUCGGCGGUUUGCAAAAUCAGUGGGCUGGGCUACGACUGUCCAACCUGGCUCAGGUGACUGCAGACGACAAUAAGGAGGUGGACGCGAAGGUCAAAACCGAGAUCAAGCAGGAGCCGUGUGACCAGCAAGUCCCACAGAUGAUGGAAGAGUCGCAGCCCGCGGACGUUUCUGCAGAUAGCAGGGUGGACCCCAAACAGGAGCGCAACCCUUCAGAGAGUAAGAGUAAACUCGGGGCGUGUGUGGAGUCUGACACUAAUCAGAUGAAAGAUGAAAUGGAUGUGGAGAGCACAAAUGAUGCUGGCAGUGUGGAGGAAAACGCAGGCCAGGACGUUCAGUGUGGCUGCCCAUCGUCAGGUCUUUCAGAAUCCGCUCAGUGCCCCCUGCACAACCACAAAGAGUUAAAAACCAGCCCUGAGAAGAGCAACCGGUCUAACACUAAGCUUGCCUUGAUGUCCGUGCAGGACAAGGGUGCCAAGACUCAUCCAGACUUGUCCUCAGGUCCUCCAGUACUUACCGAGUUUCAGUCUCAAGUUCUUUGGGCUUUCCUCGAGUCGCGGAGCGAGACGGAUUCAGCCGUCCCGCCGAAAGAAGACUGUGAAGCCCUCGGAAGGGAAGUAGGGCUGACCGAGGAAGAGGUCCGAAAGUGGUUAAUAGACGCCCGCCGCGCUAAGAACAGACGCAUCGCGGAAGAAAUGGAGGAGGAGGAUUACGUCGACGAAAGCAUCGAGGACGAGGAAGGCGCUCUAAUGAUCGACGAAGGCGAAUACGGACAGAGUCCGUCGGCCUCGAGCAGCCACGCCAUAGAUCUGUCCAGCAGUGCCGAAAGACACAAGGGGUCCAGCCAAGAGGAAUUGUGUUUGACCUCGGACUCAGAGAGCGAGGAUUUCUACACCUCAGUUAUCGUAACCGACGACGAGAGUCAGAGUAGCUCAGUGAGGGAGGAUCCGGGUAGCCCAGCUAAACAGGCCCCACAGGUAGAAACGUCCAGCAGCGGUGGAAAGGUUCUCCGCUCCACUACGGUCUUCCUGUCUGAUGCAGAGGAUGAAGACGACGACGAUCAAACCGCAAAGAGUAAGAAGAGAAAGAGGGAGGACGACGAGGAAUUCCAGUGUAAAAAGGAAAAGCAGGAUGCAGAUCUCGACGUUCAGCUGGAAGCACAAGCUGAUCCUCCAACUCCUUUAUCGGUUCCUCUCGAUGCACAAGGUCUUCCAGCAGGAAUAUUGCAUUCCUUACCUCUGUCCCUUUCUCUCGCUCAGUUUUCAACCGGGUUGUUCAGUCCCUACGUCCUCUCAGUCCCUUCGUCUGUCGUCGGAGUUGGCGUUUCCGACGGGGACCGGAGCAAAGUAGCGGCCUUUACGUCCUCCCGAACUGUGAGAACACAGACCUCUCUUCAAGGAGCUGUGGUUGGUUCUCUCGCACAAGCCACCCAUAUAGUGUCAAACGGCAGCGAUUGUGAGUCUGCCUUGGAUCUGAGUAUCGGAAAGAACCAGAGCUCAGCAACAUCCACGCCAAGCUCAGCAACCAGCAAGUCCUUCAUCCAAAAGACUGCUUUGCUUGAUGGUCUUGGUUUAAAACCGACGACUGUUGGAGUCCCUGCGGAGGGAAGUCUUAUAGUUGUUCAGGUGAAGCCCGAUUCCGCCAUCACCAUCCCGAACACCAUCAGUGCCCUCGGUAAUUGCAAUAGCUUAGCCAAAGCUAGCACCGUGUACAUGAGAGCUGCGGAGAAAGUGAACGCUUCCUUGAUGGAGAGAGAGAAACAGAGCGAGCAAGAUAAAGCGAGGGAAUUAAAAAGACCCAACGCAAAACGGUUCAGGGACAUGAGAAGGUCCAGGACCAUCAUUCAGGCUGACCAGCUGGAUAUCCUCUAUGGGUGUUACUUCAAAGACCCAAACCCAGGAAAGCACGAAUUUGAGCAAAUAUCAGAGUGGGUGCACCUGCCCAAAAAGGUGGUCCAGAUCUGGUUCCAGAACAUGAGGGCUCGGGAGCGUAAAGGGGAAGUGCGCUUCAUAAGUGACGGCACGUUAGCGGCCGUGGGUAAACCACUUAUAAAGUUCACCUGGCCACUAACUAAGCCCAUCUUCUCAAGUACCCCCAAAUCUAACUCGAGCCCGACCACUCCCGGCAUGCUUCCUUCCAAACCUCUAACAGGAUCCGACCCUCCAAAGGUCGUGGAAAAGGUUACGGAGAUCAAAGAUCCGUUAAAGAUCGCCAUCCAGGGUUUGACCCGGCCGAAGGAGGUGGCAUCGUCUACGGUCUCCAGCAGCACAUCUUCAGCACUCAAGACCAAAGUGGAAACCGUAAAUACAUACACGAUGGUUAAAAUAGCCCCCAAAACUGUGGCCCCACUAGUUACGGUCCCAAUAUUGACCAACGCCACGACCGUUUCUCAAACCCCCCAGAAGACGACCGUCGAGGAACAGAGCAAAGCAGACGGGAGAGGUGAGAAGGACGGCCAGAGUCAAGGAAAGGCCAGACCUGGGACGACCAACCGCAUGGUGCCAAAACUGUCACCCACACCCAUCAUCAGAUCUCCCAUUGCUGUAACCCAGAAACAAAAUGGCAUCACCUACUGGUCUCAAAAGGGUCCCAUUAAGAUCAACACCCUGUCCAGGGAACAGCUGGGUCUGAGUACUACACGCCCCACCAUCACCUCCGCUUCACUCCUCUCACCAUCCCUAAUGCUCUCCACACCGCCGGCUGGUCAAAGGGAUUCCGGUUACAUCCAGCACUCCACCCCCAGAAGACCCCGAACACACUUGAACUGUCUGCAGCUGUCCAUCCUGCAGUCCUGCUACGAGACCUGCGCCCAUCCCAACGCGUUAGAGUGCGAGGCGGUCGGGACCGCGCUCGGCCUGCCCCUCAAAGUGGUGCAGAUCUGGUUCCAAAACACACGUGCCAAGGAGAAACGCUGGCGGCUACAGCAGGAGAAGCUGUCUCCUAAUUCCGGCGACCCCUCUCUGAAGGUGGACAUCAGCUCAGGCUCCUAUCUACAGUACAACGCCCUCCGAGCCAACCGGCCCAUUCUCCCCAAACCAGUGCAACUGACAGUUCUGAAAACCACUUCGCCGACACCCUCCGUGGACCAGCCAGCGACUCGCGAGACACUACGCGGAAAAUGCGACGUGUGUAACGUGGAGUUCGAGUCGAGAGCCGCGGCGCGGGACCACGUUUUCUCUCCUCGGCACCUGGCCACGCUAAGAACCACUAACUUUGGUCAGGUCACGGUGCAACUUAAGGUCUUAUCGGCCAGCGGCGCGGUGAGCCAGGCGUCCGAGGUAUCGCCCGCCGGCAGCACGAGCUAAAAACAGAACCUCGGACCGGACCCCGGUGUGCCGCAUGGACCCACGGAGCUCUUACGCUUUGGUUCCAGAAACUAGAGGUGCCUGUUUGGGCACAGUCACGUCACGGUGGGAUGAAUUUCUCUACAGUUCUGGACUUCAGUUCUUUCUUUUUUUUUUUUUUUUAACUUUUUGCCACAUCAUUUCACUAAUAAUAAUAAUAAUAAUCUAAUGAAACGGUUAUACUGAACGUUAAACCCGUAUGGUCCUGUUUUAUGUCUUCAUCUCUUGCUUUAUGAUUUUAGACGUUUUUAUUGUGCUCAUACUUUCACUUAUUCAGAACACUUGGGUGUAGGGAUGUCCCGAUCCAGUCGUGUUACCCCGAUCUCGAUUCGUCUGCUUUAAUAUUGACUAUCUGUCGAUAACAGUAUGACGACAAAACUCACGUUUUUCCUCAAUAACAAAUAAACCAAAUUGUACCACAUAACUAGUGUAAACAGUCUAAUAGUUGUCCGGACAGAGUCCGCUAUACACAAUCAGACGCCUGUACGACGCGUUAGUAGCGUAAUCAGACGUCUGUGCCCUGUUACGACUGUAAUCGGUUGCCUGUACUACGUCACAAGCGUAAACCAGCGCACUGUGCUAAAACCGUGUAAAACCACCCUCGGGGUCGGGACAUCCCUGCUCGGGAUAAAUAGGAGACAGCCCAGUGUCGGACCACCCAAACCAAAGUGGCGUGGAUUGUAUUCGUGCGUGGUACUGCCUCUGCUCGGGUCAGGGGGGGUUCGAGUCCCACUGGGCUCUGGGUGUUUUAAAGUUCUUAUAGAUGAAAGAUUUUAUUCACAGAGUUUUUAAAUAAUUAAUGAAUGAAUUAUUGGGAGUUUUAUGGCUGAAUUGAAUCAUGGAAGUCGACGAUGUAGAUAUCCGGCGGCUUGUAGGCACGUGCUGAUCUAAAGAUUUAACACCGCAAUAAUGGUUUUACAUCCCAGUCGAUGGUGCGCCGGUGUUUCCGGUGGUAUUAAAGCUCUGCUGCUCCUCAUCCAUCCAGAAUGAACUCGUGGACCAAAACGGUGGGAGACGAGGCAGGGUUUUUAAUUCGUACAGCGAUCUAGACCAUCCUUAUUGAUUGAAUUAAAUGUGGGGGGUACACUGGUGCAGCAGGUACGGUAGGGUUGGCUAUAUAACCCACACGUCAUCAAAAAUCGGUUCCUGAUCAUUUGUGAAUGUAUUUAUGAUACUGAGCUUAUUAUAUAUGGAUUUUCAGUCGUUUAUGCAGAAUUAUGGUUGAGAGAGAGAAAAGAAGUGGUUAACGUGGGUGCAGCUGCGUCAGAUGUAUUUUCUUUACCGAUGGCUCUGGACCCACUGUGACACCCCAAUCAUCAGCUAACAGCCUCCUCCCACGUUUAAUGCAACAGUAUUCGAAAGGUGCAUGUUGUGCACUUUUGGCUCGAGUGCUAACAGCAGCAUUUAGGGAGUAACUCUGCCAUGUUUGCAUUUGUGAACGUGCACAUGACGGUGGAGUGAGUAGCAGGACAGAUGCCCGCCAGAUGCAUCGCGAUGUUUAACCAAGGUGAAUGAUCGACACGUGCCUACUAAACGCCUCAGUAGUUUUUAUGUUGUAUUUUGGGGGGUAUAGGAGGACUCUAAAUCCAGAUUUGGUAAUAAAAUAAGGACACCGUUAUCUAACAGCGGCACCUUUAUCUGCCAUCAUGACAAUCUUGGACUUUUUAAGCUUCACGUUAAAGAUGUCGAAUGCUCCUCGUGCAGCACUUUGUUCCUUUAUAAGGUCUGAAAGGGUUUUUAGGGGUUUUUUCGGCGCCGCCGCACAGGAGCGUUUGGGUUCCGGUGGACGGAGAGGGUUCGGACCUCGCCGCUGUGCAACAAGCCAAAGCCAAUCCUAUCUUAGCAAAAUUUUAUACGAAUUUGUGAAGUCAAAUGACGUCAAUCUUGAUUAUUAUUUUUUUUUAAAGCUUGUGGCGUCCCUGCCGUGUCACAGCUUACACCGCGUUUCGAUGUACGAAUAUGGGAGAGAAGAGGUGCGAGACCCUUUUCAUGAGGGGGUUUGUGUCUGGAACUUCAUCCCCUCACGUCUCCUCAUGACCAAGGUACUUUGGGUGUUUUUGGGCGUCACUGUGCCGGCACGUCGUGCUAAUGAAGCUAAAU